AACACAAACGAAUGGCGGUGUUAUUUUAAUAUUUACAAUAAUAAGAGGGGGCAAACUUCACACAUGACAUCCUUCAAAAAAGCAAAUAUUAACUUAAAAAAUGAAUUGUUUUCCCAAAAGGUGCUCCUGUUUGCUCCUGUCUGUUGUCAUGGUUCCUGCCCCGCCCCGCCCCCCGAAGGCGAAAGGGGACAACGAAUCAAACCCACGUUAAAAAAGAAAAGGGGCGCGAACGUGACGAAGAGGCGGACAACCUCCUGUCAACUUGCCCUCCGGCUCCUCCGCCUGUCACUCCCCGCCGCCCGGCAUGUUCGCGUCCCCUCGGCGGCCGUCAGCAUAAAGAUGCAGGGGGAGGACAUGGAGGUACCUUUGCUGAACAACCUCAACGACAACGGCGACAGGCUGAGGUCGAAAGGGAAAGAUGUGUUCAAGGACCAGCAGAAGGAGUCGGAGAGCUCCAUGGAGUCGCCCAACCUGGAGUUUGAAUACGGAGACACGGACACGCUAACGGCCGAACUCUCAGAGCUUUACAGCUACACAGAGGAGCCGGAGUUUGCCUUGAACCGAGACUACUUUGAGGAGGACUUCAGAAGCCAUGACCGAGGCCGCAGGUGGAUUGACCUGAGCGCGGAAGAGCAGCGCGCCUACGUGAUGAGACUCCUGGAUGACCUGGAGGUGACCGACAGGGACAAGAGGCUGAAGGUGGCGCGGGCCAUCCUCUACCUCGCUCAGGGAGUGUUUGACGAGUGCGACGCGGAGGCGGAUGUGCUGCGUUGGUCCAGACACAACGUCUUCCUGCUGUACGACAUGGGCAUCUUCACCGCGCUGCUGGAGCUCCUCAGCAUGGAGAUAGAUAACAACCAAGCGUGCAGCAGCGCAGUGAGGAAGCCCGCCAUCUCUCUGGCAGACAGCACAGAGCUCAGAGUGCUGCUGAGCAUCAUGUAUCUGAUGGUGGAGACCAUUCGGCUUCAAACGGAGGACGACAGACCAGAGUGGAGAGCAGCCAGGGAGGCCUUCAAGACUGAGCUAGGUGCGCCUCUGUACAACGGCGAGCCUUUUUCCCUGCUCCUCUUCACUAUGGUAACCAAGUUCUGCAGCAUGAACGCACCACAUUUCCCCAUGAAGAAAGUACUGCUGCUCCUAUGGAAGACCAUCCUGUUCACCCUGGGGGGUUUCGAGGAGCUCCAGGAGAUGAAAGUACGAGGCCGCGAGCGUCUCAACCUGCCCCCGCUCCCCGAGGACAGCAUCAAGGUGGUGAGGGCCAUGAGGGCCGCGUCGCCCCCGGCCUCCGCCAUGGAGCUCAUCGAGCAGCAGCAGCAGCAGAAGAGAGGGCGGCGCAGUCGAAGGAGUGCCUUUGUUGAUAGCUUGGAAGGAGACAGUCCCUUUCCCAAGAAGCAGCCGCUGGUCAAACAGGACAGCUUGGACACGUACAACGAGCGAGACCCCUUCAAGAACGACGACGCCCGCGAUGAGGAGGAGGACCCCGAGGACGUCGACAGCGGCAUCGAGGGCGAGGUGGAUCCUUUGGACCGCGACGUCAUCAUCCAGCCCCCGCCUCCACCGCCGCCUCUUCGGCCCCCGACAGAGAGGGUGAACUUCCCCAAGGGCCUCCCUUGGGCUCCGAAAGUCAGGGAAAAAGAUAUUGAACACUUCUUGGAGACAAGUCGCAACAAAUUUAUCGGCUUUACUCUGGGAAACGACACCGAGACCCUUGUAGGCCUCCCAAGACCCAUCCACGAGAGCGUGAAAACUCUCAAACAGCACAAAUACAUCUCCAUCGCUGAGGUGCAGAUGAAGCGAGAGGAGGAGCUACAACAGUGUCCACUCAGCCUGGGCGAGGAGGACGUGGACGAGACUCCUGCAGAAACGAUGUACUUGGGGAUGCUUCCGAACCUCUCCCAGUAUGUGAUCGCACUCCUUAAGCUGCUGUUGGCUGCAGCGCCGACCUCCAAAGCCAAAACGGACUCCAUAAACAUUCUUGCUGAUGUGCUGCCUGAGGAGAUGCCAAUCACCGUCCUCCAAAGCAUGAAAUUGGGGAUCGACGUCAACCGCCACAAAGAAAUCAUCGUCAAGGCCAUCUCGGCUCUGCUGCUGCUCCUCCUCAAGCACUUCAAGCUCAACCACAUUUAUCAGUUUGAAAUAGUCUCCCAGCACCUGGUGUUUGCCAACUGUAUCCCACUCAUCCUCAAGUUCUUCAACCAGAACAUCAUGUCUUAUAUCAGUGCCAAAAACAGCAUAUGUGUGUUGGACUUCCCCCACUGUGCGGUCCACGAGAUGCCUGAGCUCACCGCUGAAAGCCUGGAGGCGGGAGACAGCAACCAGUUCUGUUGGAGGAAUCUGUUCUCCUGCAUCAACCUGCUUAGAAUCCUCAACAAGCUGACCAAGUGGAAACACUCACGGACAAUGAUAUCGACGCACGGCCGUGGGACUUCCAAGCGGAGGAGUGCGCCUUGCGCGAGGGCAUCGAAAAGUUCAACAGCCGGCGGUACGACAAGAACAAGAACGGCGACUUUGCGCCCGUGGACAACUGCCUGCAGAGCGUGCUGGGCCAGCGCGUGGAGCUGCCCGAGGACUUCCACUACAGCUACGAGAUGUGGCUGGAGAGGGAGGUCUUCUCGCAGCCCAUCGAGUGGGAGGGACUCCUGCAGGAGCAGUGAUGCCAGGGUGCGGGGAAGAAAAGAUGGCUGCUGUCGAGGCCGCCAUGAACUGAGGUAGCGGUUCUUUAGAAACAUCUGGUAUUAACAACUUGAACUGCACCGGCACUCUUCUUAUGCAGUCUCUUUUUACCACGCUGGUUGGACUUAUAGUGGGGCGAAAAAGUAUUUAGUCAGCCAGCGAUUGUGCAAGUUGUCCCACUUAAAAUGAUGACAGAGGUCUGUAAUUUUCAUCAUAGGUACACUUCAACUGUGAGAGACAGAAUGUGAAAAAAAAAAUCCAGGAAUUCACAUUGUAGGAAUUUUAAACAUUUUAUUUGUAAAUUAUGGUGGAAAAUAAGUAUUUGGUCACUUCAAACAAGGAAGAUCUCUGGCUCUCACAGACCUGUAACUUCUUCUUUAAGAAGCUCUUCGGUCCUCCACUCGUUACCUGUAUUAAUGGAACUUGUUUGAACUCGUUAUCUGUAGAAAAGAAACCUGUCUACAGCCUCAAACAGUCAGACUCCAAACUCCACUAUGGCCAAGACCAAAGAGCUGUCAAAGGACACCAGGAAAAGAAUUGUAGACCUGCACCAGACUGGGAAGAGUGAAUCUACAAUAGGCAAGCAGCUUGGUGUGAAAAAAUCAACUGUGGAAGCAAUUAUCAGAAAAUGGAAGACAUACAAGACCACUUAUAAUCUUGCAAGAUCUCCCGUGGGGUCAAAAUGAUCAUGAGAACGGUGAGCAAAAAUCCCAAAACCACACGGGGGGACCUGGUGAAUGACCUGCAGAGAGCUGGCACCAAAGUAACAAAGGUUACAAUCAGUAACACACUACACCGACAGGGAAUCAAACCCUGCAGUGCCAGACGUGUCCCCCUGCUUAAGCCAGUGCAUGUCCAGGCCCGUCUGAAGUUUGCCAGAGAGCACAUGGAUGAUACAGCAGAGGAUUGGGAGAAUGUCAUGUGGUCAGAUGAAACCAAAAUAGAACUUGUUGGUAUAAACUCAACUCGUCGUGUUUGGAGGAAGAAGAAUACUGAGUUGCAUCCCAAGAACACCACACCUACUGUGAAGCAUGGGGGUGGAAACAUCAUGCUUUGGGGCUGUUUUUCUGCUAAGGGGACAGGACGAUUGAUCCGUGUUAAGGAAAGAAUGAAUAAGGCCAUGUAUCGUGAGAUUUUGAGCCAAAACCUCCUUCCAUCAGUGAGAGCUUUGAAUGGUUGACCAAAUACAUAUUUUCCACCGUAAUUUACAAAUAAAUUAUUUAAAAUUCCUACAAUGUGAAUUUUUUUUCCACAUUCUGUCUCUCACAGUUGAAGUGUACCUAUGAUGAAAAUUACAGACCUCUGUCAUCAUUUUAAGUGGGAGAACUUGCACAAUCGGUGGCUGACCAAAUACUUUUUUUGCCCCACUGUAUGCCUACGACAGUGCGUGUCUCCAGUCUAAAAACUGGACAUUAUCUCAUACUUUUUGUCUUUAUCAUUUUUCUCUAUAUUUAACCCACACAGCUUGUUGGUUGGUUGAUUGUGGGAGUUUAAAAAUAUAUGUUUUUUAGGGUGGAGAAAAGCCUUUUGACAGUCCAAAUAAGUUUGAAGGGAUUGAAUGUGUUGCCAAAACAAGACAUCAGCUGUAGAAGGUAAAUAGAAUUAAUUUUCUACAUCGAGGAGGGCCACAUUUUUUCCACUAAGGGCCACAUAUACAAACCCCGUUUCCAUGAGUUGGGAAAUUGUGUUAGAUGUAAAUAUAAACAGAAUACAAUGAUUUACAAAAUCUUUUCAACCCAUAUUCAGUUGAAUGCACUACAAAGACAAGAUAUUUGAUGUUCAAACUCAUAAACUUUAUUUUUUUUUUUUGCAAAUAAUUAACUUAGAAUUUCAUGGCUGCAACACGUGCCAAAGUAGUUGGGAAAGGGCAUGUUCACCACUGUGUUACAUCACCUUUUCUUUUAACAACACUCAAUAAACGUUUGGGAACUGAGGAAACUAUUUGUUGAAGCUUUGAAAGUGGAAUUCUUUCCCAUUCUUGUUUUAUGUAGCGCUUCAGUCGUUCAACAGUCCGCUGUCUCCUCUGUCGUAUUUUACGCUUCAUAAUGCGCCACACAUUUUUGAUGGGAGACAGGUCUGGACUGCAGGCGGGCCAGGAAAGUACCCACUCUCUUUUACUACGAAGGCACGCUGUUGUACCACGUGGCUUGGCAUUGUCUUGCUGGAAUAAGCAGGGGCGUCCAUGAUAACGUUGCUUGGAUGACAACAUAUGUUGCUCCAAAACCUGUAUGGACCUUUCAGCAUUAAUGGUGCCUUCACAGAUGUGUAAGUUACCCAUGCCUUGGGCACUAAUACACCCCCAUACCAUCACAGAUGCUGGCUUUUCAACUUUGCGCCUUUAACAAUCCAUCCAUCCAUCCAUCCAUCAUCUUCCGCUUAUCCGAGGUCGGGUCGCGGGGGCAACAGCCUAAGCAGGGAAACCCAGACUUCCCUCUCCCCAGCCACUUCGUCUAGCUCUUCCCGCGGGAUCCCGAGGCGUUCCCAGGCCAGCCGGGAGACAUAGUCUUCCCAACGUGUCCUGGGUCUUCCCCGUGGCCUCCUACCGGUUGGACGUGCCCUAAACACCUCCCUAGGGAGGCGUUCGGGUGGCAUCCUGACCAGAUGCCCGAACCACCUCAUCUGGCUCCUCUCGAUGUGGAGGAGCAGCGGCUUUACUUUGAGUUCCUCCCGGAUGGCAGAGCUUCUCACCCUAUCUCUAAGGGAGAGCCCCGCCACACGGCGGAGGAAACUCAUUUCGGCCGCUUGUACCCG